AUGUUUUUGGGGUCAGGUAGUUUCAUCUCUACGACCAAGGCACCUAGUAAGGAGGUCGCGAAGCCAGCUGUCACUGCAAAGCGUCUGAUGUUCUUGGAUUCCUCAAUCACCGAUAGUUCAGUGGAGGUUCUACAGUUGCCCAGUCCGGCUUCUUUACGUAAAUGCGCGCUUUAUGCAGUGUUUGAUGGGAAGGUGUAUUGGUUACGUGGAAUAAAACCUAAUAUUAACCCCGUUAGUCUGUUCGUUGGCAAUUCUAUUGUAAAUGAGGAUCACUUUUUGGCUACAUUUAAAUUUGAUGUGAUUUUUAUCUUCACAUCUUUAUUAUUUUUGAAACACGAUAAGUUCAUCUCGGUACCCCAACGUAUAUAUGAACUAUACCGAUCAGGUGUCGUUGAUUCCGAGGAGUGCAGUGUGCUGGAAUCGGGCAUGCUUGCUUUGUGGAACCAUAAUGUAGACAAAGUUCAAGAUCGUCUUGAAUAUCUAUGCCAGAAAAUAAAAUCUGAUGGAUCAAAGGAUCCACUAUUGAAACCUAAUAUUGAUAGUUUUCGUGCGAUGCUUGAGCAUAAGGUACAGUCAUUAGAGAAGGCAGUUCAAAAAUCUAACCUAAUGAUGGGUUCGUAUUGCCGUGCUAGUGAGACUUCCUGUCAUAACCAUGUUCGUAAAAAUUACAUAGAUUUUAGGGAAGGUAAACUACGCUUAUUCUGCUGGUCGGUAAUAUCCCAGAUGUUGAACCCGGAAGCAAGGAGCCAUUUAGUACCUGCUAAAUGUGAUUUUAACGAUAUCUCGUCCCACCUACAAUCUACGUCUUCUACUGCGCCCUUAAUAACAUCUGGCAACAAGGGCGCUAAGCAGAGGAAGAUCACCGUGGCGAAGGGUACCCCUUCUAUCCUCGGGUUUUUCAAGCGAACAUGA